AGCAUUUAAAGAAAAAGUAUACAAAAAAAGGUACUGUAUGAAAUACAAAUAAAGCAUUUCAGUGGUUCAUUGCAUUGUAUAUCUCGGCUGUUGACCAUCCAAAGAUAGCCAAGUAGAAAAGCUGAUGACAAAGGUAUGCAUGGCUUUUAAGAAGCUCUAGGCAGCAUUUUUCCAAUCUUUUAUUUUUUACAGAGACCCACAGUAGAUAUAUUUUUUACAUCCUAACCCAAUAUCCACUACAUAAUACACUAUAUAUAACCGAAGUAAAAGUGUCACAAAACUACUUUAUUUUACUAAUGUGUGGUUCUCCAUCUUCUGUUCUUUCCUGCUCAUAUAAAUUCAUGUAAAUGCCUAUUGUGGCAUCAGAUACAUUGAUUUUACCACUCCCGAGUCACAACGUGCCAUUUGUAGAAUAGUGCUCCAGGGGAGAAGGGGCGAGAGGCACCAGCAUAGCAUCAAUCUUCAUGUCUAAUUGGAAGGAUGACAGGAGCAGUCGUAGCCUACCUUCAUCAGCACACGUUGACUAAAUACUGUAAGACACCAGCCUCUGUAUUUGUGAACAAUGUCAUCACCCUUACCUUAGAGACCUAGCAAACAUAAAUAACAAAAAGGGCUCACUAACAGAGUCCUGGGGUAGAGUGAGUGGUGUUUGAUGUAACUCUGAUGUGCUGAGCUCCUGAUGCAGAGCUGCAUGCUCCUCAACUGGGAACUUAAGCAGCCAUUGUCUCAGCAGCCUUGAAGGGAAGGCCAUAAAAAUGCUCUUAACUUGUUCUUUUAAACAAAACAAAAUAAAAACCCCUCUUCAAAUGAUGUACCUGUAGUCUGAUGGAGGCAAUAGCCCCAGGUCAACCCACUAUGAGACCAUUGGAAAUGAGCUCUUGGAGCACUGGCUGUGGGCUAACCACAGGUGCCCAAGAGACGAAUGGUGAUCUACUAAAAAGACUGAUUGCAACAGUAGAUCAAAGCAUAACCUUCACAUGUGUGUGAAGACUUCUGGCUGUGCAUUCAUCUUGUAAGACACAUUGUCAAGCAUCAGUUACCACCAAAAAUAAUUGUCAUCAAAUUUUUGAAAAGGAUUAUAGUCAAAGCCAUGUGUGCCAGCUUUUAAAAAAAACUUAGUACCAUAUGCUUCACAAUCUCUAUCCUAUGCAUAUCAAUUCUUAGCUUCAGUUAAAUGAUAUAAUUGUACCUGUGUUAUGAUACCUCCAGAGUGGCAGUCAAUAGUGUAUCUGUUGAAACUCAUUGAGCACUGAGCCUAGGUACUAUAAAAGCUGUAAAGGUAAAUCAGGUAUGGGUGCUUUCAGGAAGCUUCUCCAGUUCUGAGAAUGUGUAAGUAGUCCAGACAUUAUAGGAAACAUUCGGUCAACCCUUAUUUUUACUGAACUGACAAGACGUGAAUCCACUCUGCCCUCAUCUCUGCCGGGCAGACCAGUGACCAUACCUCACAGGCAUGCAGCCUUCUCACCCACCCACCUUACACAUGGGCACCUUUGUAGAAAAUGAAGAAGUCAAGGAAACGACUUUACGAGAGCUUAAAAUGCUUCGUACUCUCAAACAGGAAAACAUUGUGGAGCUGAAGGAAGCCUUUCGUCGGAGGGGGAAAUUGUACUUGGUGUUUGAGUAUGUUGAAAAAAAUAUGCUUGAAUUGCUGGAAGAAAUGCCAAAUGGAGUUCCACCUGAGAAAGUUAAAAGUUAUAUUUAUCAACUAAUCAAAGCUAUUCACUGGUGCCAUAAGAAUGAUAUUGUUCAUAGGGAUAUAAAGCCAGAAAAUCUCUUAAUCAGCCACAAUGAUGUUUUGAAACUGUGUGACUUUGGUUUUGCUCGGAAUCUUUCAGAAGGCAAUAAUGCUAAUUAUACAGAAUAUGUGGCCACCAGGUGGUAUCGGUCCCCAGAACUCUUACUUGGAGCUCCCUAUGGAAAGUCUGUAGAUAUGUGGUCAGUGGGCUGCAUUCUUGGGGAGCUUAGUGAUGGACAGCCUUUAUUUCCUGGAGAAAGUGAAAUUGACCAACUUUUUACUAUUCAGAAGGUGCUAGGACCACUUCCAUCUGAGCAGAUGAAACUCUUCUACAGUAAUCCUCGCUUCCACGGGCUCCGGUUUCCCGCUGUUAACCAUCCUCAGUCAUUGGAGAGAAGAUACCUUGGAAUUUUAAAUAGCGUUUUACUUGACUUAAUGAAGAAUUUACUGAAGUUGGACCCAGCUGACAGAUACUUGACAGAACAGUGUUUGAAUCACCCUACAUUUCAAACCCAGAGACUUUUGGAUCGCUCUCCUUCAAGGUCAGCAAAAAGAAAACCUUACCACGUGGAAAGCAGCACUUUGUCUAAUAGAAACCAAGCCAGCAAAAGUGCUGCUUUACAGUCUCACCACAGAUCGAACAGCAAGGACAUCCAGAACCUCAGUGUGGGUCUGCCCCGGGCGGAUGAAGGUCUGCCUACCAACGAAAGCUUCCUAAAUGGAAACCUUGCUGGAGCUACUCUAAGCCCCAUGCACACCAAAACCUACCAAGCAAGCAGCCAACCUGGGUCUGCCAGCAAAGAUCUUACCAACAACAACAUACCGCACCUUCUCAGCCCAAAAGAAGCCAAGUCAAAGACAGAGUUUGACUUUAAUAUUGACCCAAAGCCUUCGGAAGGUCCAGGCACAAAGUACCUCAAGUCGAGCAGCAGAUCUCAGCAGAACCGGCACUCAUUUAUGGAAAGCUCUCAGAGCAAAGCAGGGACACUGCAGCCCAGUGAGAAGCAGAGUCGGCACAGCUACAUUGACACCAUCCCCCAGUCCUCUCGGAGUCCCUCCUACAGGACCAAGGCCAAAAGCCACGGGGCUCUGAGUGACUCCAAGUCCGUGAGCAACCUUUCCGAAGCAAGGGCCCAAAUUGCAGAGUCUAAUCCCAGUAGGUACUUCCCAUCCAGCUGCUUGGACUUGAACUCUCCCACCAGCCCAACCCCGACCAGGCACAGUGACACGAGAACUUUGCUCAGCCCCUCGGGCAGAAAUAACCGAAGCGAGGGCACUCUCGACUCACGCCGAACCACAACCAGGCAUUCUAAAACAAUGGAGGAGUUGAAGCUGCCCGAGCACAUGGACAGCAGCCAUUCCCAUUCGCUGUCUGCACCUCAUGAAUCCUUUUCUUAUGGGCUGGGCUACACCAGCCCUUUCUCCUCCCAGCAGCGUCCACAUAGGCAUUCCAUGUAUGUGACGCGCGACAAAGUGAGAACCAAAGGCUUGGACGGAAGCUUGAGCGUAGGCCAAGGGAUGGCAGCCAGAGCCAACAGCUUGCAGCUCUUGGCACCUCAGCCUGGAGAACAGCUCCCUCCAGAGAUGACUGUGGCUCGAUCUUCUGUGAAAGAACCCUCCAGAGAAGGCACCUCUUCAUUCCAUGCACGGCAAAAGUCUGAGGGUGGAGCCUAUCAUGACCCCCAUUCUGAUGAUGGCACCGCCCCCAAAGAAAAUAGACACCUGUACAAUGAUCCUGUUCCACGGAGAGUUGGCAGCUUCUACCGAGUGCCGUCUCCACGUCCGGACAGUUCUUUCCAUGAAAAUAAUGUGUCGGCCAGAGUUUCUUCCCUCCCAUCAGAAAGCAGUUCUGGAACCAACCACUCAAAAAGACAACCAGCAUUCGAUCCGUGGAAAAGUCCUGAAAACAUUAGUCAUUCCGAACAACUCAAGGAAAAGGAAAAACAAGGUUUUUUCAGAUCAAUGAAAAAGAAAAAGAAGAAAUCUCAAACAACAGAUUCCACCAACGGGGAGAAUCCAAGCAUCAAGAAAUCCCUCUUUCCUCUUUUUAAUUCAAAGAAUCAUUUAAAGCAUAGUUCUUCUUUGAAAAAGCUUCCUGUAGUCACUCCACCCAUGGUGCCCAACUCUGAUGGCCCUGAUCUUAUGACGUUGCAGAAAGCCAUUCAUUCUGCAAGCACCCCGAGCAGCAGGCCUAAGGAAUGGCGUCCUGAGAAAAUCUCCGAUCUGCAGACCCAAAGCCAGCCAUUAAAAUCACUGCGCAAGCUGUUGCAUCUCCCUUCAGCCUCAAAUCACCCGGCUGCCUCUGACCCCCGCUUCCAACCCAUAACAACUCAACAAGCCAAAAAUUCCUUCUCAGAAAUUCGGAUUCACCCCCUGAGCCAGGCCUCUGGCGGGAGCAGUAACAUCCGGCAGGAGCCCACACCAAAGGGCAGGCCAGCCCUCCAGCUGCCAGGUCAGAUGGACCCUGGUUGGCACGUGUCCUCAGUGACCCGAAGUGCCACAGAGGGGCCUUCCUACUCUGAACAGCUAGGUGCCAAGAGUGGGCCAAACGGGCACCCUUAUAACAGAACAAAUCGGUCCCGAAUGCCAAAUCUGAAUGAUUUAAAAGAGACAGCCUUGUAAUGUGU